UUCUCAACAUGUUCUCAAAAAUCAUCGCCCUUAGCGCCGUGCUCGCCGUCUCCUUGGCAGGAGUUGUGCCAGUAGCUCACUACUCUCCAGCGGCUGCCGUGUCAUCCCAAAGCAUCGUCCGCCACGACCAGCCCACCAAGCUGGUGGCUGCUGCUCCAUCAAUCUCCUACCAUUCUGCCCCUGCCGUCGCCAUCCAUGCUGCCCCGGCUGUAGCUGUACACGCACCUACUGUCUAUCACUCUGCCCCAGUCGUCUACAAAUCAGCCCCUGUCCACUACUCCCAAGCUAAUGCCGUUUCUUCCCAAAGCAUCGUUCGCCACGACCAACCCAAAUUGGUGGCCGCUCCCGUAGCCAAAAUCGCCGUAGCCGCCCCUGUUGCCUACUCCCACUAUGAGCCUGCGCACUACGCCGCGACACCCGUCCACUACGCCACCCCGGUCGCUAAGAUUAUCACCCCCGUUGCUAAGGUCAUCGCCCCCGCCCAAAAAGUACUGGUUGCCGCCCACCACGAGGAGGAAUACGCUCACCCCAAAUACGAGUUCUCUUAUUCCGUGUCUGACGCUCACACCGGCGACAACAAGUCCCAACACGAGGUUCGCGAUGGCGAUGUCGUACAUGGCGAAUACAGCCUUCUGGAGGCCGAUGGCUCAGUGCGUACAGUCCACUACACCGCCGACGACCACAGCGGAUUCAAUGCCGUCGUCUCCCACUCUGCCCCUGGACACCAUGAUGAACAUACCCCCGUACUGUUGGCCCAUCAUUAA